GACACGCCGCCGACUCAAAGCCACGUGACGAUGCCGUGGUUUUGCUGAGAAGGUUCGGCAGACCGCAGCACCGUUUGCAACGCUGAGUGUCCGGCUUGGCGUUCUCCGCUUGAAUCUUCCACUCCCUUUUGUCCACAUCACGUGACGGUUCUGGGGAUACAACUACAGACACCUCUGCAAACAUGUUUGCUUGGACUGAUUUUGCCCUGACAGAAACCAUGUCGACGGGCGGCGUGGAAGACGACAUCCCUCAGGGAGAGCGGAAGACCGUCACGGACUUCUGUUACCUGCUGGAUAAAUCCAAACAGCUUUUCAACGGCUUAAGAGACUUACCUCAGUACGGGCAGAAGCAGUGGCAGUCCUAUUUUGGGAGGACCUUUGACGUUUACACCAAGCUCUGGAAAUUUCAGCAGCAGCACCGGCAAGUGUUAGACAAUCGGUACGGCCUGAAGCGCUGGCAAAUCGGCGAAAUUGCUUCCAAGAUCGGGCAGCUUUACUACCACUACUACCUUCGCACGUCUGAAACCAGCUACCUGAACGAAGCCUUCUCCUUUUACUCUGCGAUCCGGCAGAGGUCUUACUACUCCCAAGUCAACAAAGAAGACAGGUCAGGCCAUGCCUCCGUCUUGCCUGAACUGGUAGUCAAGAAGCUGCGUUAUUACGCACGGUUCAUAGUGGUUUGUCUUUUGCUGAACAAAAUGGAUGUCGUCAAAGACCUCGUAAAGGAAUUGUCGGACGAGAUUGAAGACUACACCCACCGGUUCAACACGGAGGACCAAGUGGAAUGGAACCUGGUUCUCCAAGAGGUGGCGGCUUUCAUCGAGGCAGACCCCGUCAUAAUCCUGAAUGACGACAACACCCUCGUGAUCCUCUCCAAUCGCCUCUCUGAAACGGGCGCUCCUCUGCUGGAGCAGGGGAUGAUCGUGGGGCAGCUGACGCUCGCCGACGCCCUCAUCAUUGGCAACUGCAACAAUCAGGUCAAAUUCAGUGAGCUGACAAUCGACAUGUUCCGAAUCCUGCAAGCCCUGGAGAGGGAGCCGAUGAACUUGGCGUCGCAAAUGAACAAGCCCGGGUUACAGGCAAGGACCGAAAAGCCAGCAAGGAGGGAAAAUCCUCACAAGUACUUGCUUUACAAGCCGACCUUCAGCCAGCUUUAUACCUUCCUAGCUGCCUCGUUUAAGGAGCUGCCUGCGAACAGCGUCUUGCUGAUCUACCUGUCGGCCACUGGCGUGUUCCCUUCAGGUCGUUCGGAUAGUGAAGGUCCCUAUGAUUUUGGCGGUGUGCUGACAAACAGCAACCGGGACAUUAUCAAUGGAGACGGACUCCACAAGAGGAACCAGUCAUAUAAGGAGAUGCAUUGCCUGCAUCCUGGCGACCUCUAUCCUUUCACGAGGAAGCCUCUGUUUAUCAUAGUGGACUCCUCUAACAGCGUUGCCUACAAGAAUUUCACAAACUUAUUUGGACAACCACUGGUGUGCCUGCUUUCUCCAACAACAUACCCCAAAGCGUUACAAGAUCAGUCCCAACGUGGCAGCCUCUUCACUUUCUUUCUGAACAACCCCUUAAUGGCAUUCCUGUUUGUCUCUGGAUUAUCAAGCAUGCGCAAAGGAUUGUGGGACAAAUGUCACGAUUACCUUCGCAAAAUCAACCGGGAUAUCGCACAAUUGCUGACACAUUCCCGUUCCAUAGAUCAGGCCUUCCUCCAGUUUUUUGGAGAUGAAUUCCUUCGCUUACUUCUAACGAGAUUCAUCUUCUGCUCAGCCACCAUGAGGAUGCACAAAAUCUUCCGGCAGGAAACUAGGAAUUACCCAGAAUCCUAUCCCCAACUGCCAAGAGAUGAAACCGUGGAGAACCCACACCUCCAAAAGCACAUCUUGGAGUUGGCUUCUAUGCUGGAUGUCCGAAACGUGUUCCUGGAAACUACGCUGGAUGAUUAUUAAAACGGAAACACACAAUUCUGGCUUUCUUACUGCGGGUUUUUCCCCCCCCCAGGCCAGAAUAUUAUUUUUUUUUGAAAUGGUGCCAUUUUCUAAUGUGAAGAUCCACAAAAAGGAGUUUACUUGAUUUUUAUUUUUAAAGUUACGAUUAUUUUUUUAACAAAUAAUAA